ACGCUUGCGCCCAGCGUAGGAGCGCAAUUGUCUGUGCUUGCACCAUAGCUUCUAAGAAACGAAUCAGCAGAGCCCGAAUCUCCGUGUGCGGUUUUCGUCGCUUUGUAUCCGAGGCGAACAAGCUGUGGUGCCCUGAACCCUGAAAAACACACGCUCCAACACCCCCCUGCACCUUUCUUUCGCUACCGAAGCUGCGCGGCGCGGCGCCGCGCCCAGUCUCGUGGCUCACAACGGACGUGUUACAUACUCACUUACUCACCACCACUACCACGACGACCACCAAACCCCACUCGACCCGCGCUGUCUCUUCCGCCCCCAUCACGAAUCCGAAAGCACACUCUACCGGCCCAAGAUGUCAGGCGUCCACCCCUCACGGAAGGCGUACGUCGAGGACGAUGAGGAGGAGAUGGUCGACUAUGCGAACCUGCCAAUCGACCGCGACUACGCGAUCCCGUCAACGGCGCGAGCCGGCAUAGCGCCCGAGAAGGCGUCCGCAAUUCUCUCGCAGAUGGACCGGAAGAAGAAGGCGGCGGCGAUCGUGGUUCCUACGGAUGACGGGCGGGUGCGGGUGCGGUUGCGGGAGAUGGGGGAGCCAAUCACGCUGUUCGGGGAAGGGCCGGGGGAUAGGCGGGAUCGCCUCAGGGAACUGCUGUAUCUGAAGCAGGAGGGGAUUACGGCGGAUGGAGAGGACGUCGAAAUGGGGGAUGGCGACAUGAUGGAGGGCGACGAUGACCAUGGCGAUGACGACGAGGAGUACUAUACCCCCGGAGAGCCCGAAUUGCUGGAUGCUCGGAGGAAGAUCGCGAUAUUCUCGUUACCACGGGCACGGGAGCGCAUCGACAGGCAGAAGGUGGAAGCGGCAAUCCCACUGCAGAAGCACAUCAAGCAUCGGAGGACGAUCAAGGAGCAUCUGGGUGGCUACCAGGUUUUGGGUUCGCAGAUUGCCGGCGAUAGGCCCGUGUCGAUGGCGAGAUUUUCUCCGAACAGCAAACUCAUCGCGGCCGGGGCCUGGAGCGGAACGAUACGAAUGCUCGCGGUGCCGAACCUCGAGGACAAGGGGAUGCUCCGUGGACAUACCGACAGGGUGGGAGGGAUUUCGUGGCAUCCGGAGGCUACCAUCACCAUGUCACCCGAUUCGGCGAAUUUGGCGUCCGGUGGUGGCGAAGGCAAUAUUCACCUGUGGUCCUUGAAACAAGAUACGCCCAUCGCCACACUCUCCGGUCACUCGGCGCGAGUCUGCAGGGUGGAACACCAUCCCAACGGUCGAUACCUGGGCUCCGCGUCCUUCGAUACGACAUGGCGACUCUGGGAUCUGGAAACCCAGAAGGAGCUGCUGCUGCAGGAAGGUCAUUCGAGGGAGGUCUAUUCGAUAGCAUUCCAGGGAGACGGCGCUCUGGUCGCCAGUGGUGGACUCGAUUCCAUUGGUAGGGUGUGGGAUCUACGGACGGGGCGGACAAUCAUGGUUCUCGACGGCCACAUCCGCGAGAUCACCGGAUUAGCAUGGCACCCCGACGGCUACCGUGUGCUGUCGUCGUCGGGCGACGCUUCAGUCAAGGUCUGGGAUGUGCGCAUGGUGCGGUGCACUGCUACUAUCGGUGCGCACAAGAAAUUAGUUAGUGACAUCCGGUUCUUUGGUGGUAAUGGCGCUGGCAGCGGGUUGCCGACGGACAUGAAGACGGAGGGGACGUAUUUCGUCACCAGCGGCUUCGACGGCGAAGUCAAGAUCCACUCCAGCGACGACUGGGCGUCCGUCAAGAGUCUCAGCGCGCACUCCGGAAACGUCACCAGUGUCGACGUCAGCAUGGAUGGCCGGUUUAUCGUCAGCAGCGGACAAGACAGGACCUGUAAACUAUGGGCUAGAGAAGAUAUAGAGCUGUAAAUGGCGGACAUAUGUAUGGGGGGUUCGGUGCAUGGUCCAACACAGCUUGUUCACAUCUC